GGCUGCUGCCGGCAGGAGCACCAACCAAAGGCAGCUGGCACGCCUCUGUGGUGGCUCUUAUAUAAUAUGGGGUUUCACAGGGUGCCGAUGUGGAAAUAAAGUCCAGCRUUAAGGCGGGCUCGUGUUACUUGUCCUCGCGUCGCCGGCGCUCGCCUUCCAGGGCUGUGUGACCCUGCUUGAGCGAAUUUUGGGAAGUGUGYGGGAUGGCUCCCGAAAGGGCAGGGGAUGAGCUUGUCUUCUUCGUCAACGGUAAAAAGGUGGUGGAACAAAACGUGGACCCAGAAACAACCCUACUGACCUAUCUACGAAGAAAACUGGGCCUAUGUGGAACCAAACUAGGCUGUGGAGAAGGUGGAUGUGGUGCUUGCACUGUUAUGAUAUCCAAAUAUGAUCCCUUUCGAAAGAAAAUCCUCCACUAUAYUGCCAAUGCUUGCCUCUUCCCCAUCUGUGCCCUGCAUCAUGUAGCUGUGACUACUGUUGAAGGCAUAGGAAACACCAAGUCCAGGUUGCACCCAGCUCAGGAGAGAAUAGCAAAAAGUCAUGGGUCCCAAUGUGGCUUUUGCACUCCAGGUAUUGUCAUGUCCAUGUAUACGUUGCUUCGAAACAAACCUGAGCCCAAAAUGGAGGAGAUAGAAGAUGCCUUCCAAGGGAACUUGUGUCGAUGUACAGGAUACAGACCUAUUCUGGAGGGAUACAGGACGUUUGCCAAAGACUGGGGUUGCUGUGGGARAGGAGCCAGUGGCACUAGAUGCUGUCGCGGUGGGAAGGCAAAUAGCACGAAUGGGGGCUGCUGUGGAGGAAAAGCCAAUGGUCCAGGCUGCUGCAUGAAUGAAAAAGAAGACAAUGUGGCAACAAUGUCCUCCAGUCUGUUCAAUCCUUCAGAGUUCCAGCCUCUGGAUCCUACGCAGGAGCCCAUUUUCCCACCAGAAUUAAUGACUCAGAGUAACAAGCAGCAGAAGCAGCUGUGUUUCAAAGGCGAGCGUGUGAUGUGGAUCCAGCCUACAACUCUCAAGGAACUGGUGGCCCUCAAAUCCCAGCACCCCGAUGCCAAACUUGUUGUAGGGAACACAGAAGUGGGUAUUGAGAUGAGGUUAAAGAACCUGCUGUAUCCAGUGAUAAUAGCACCAGCAUGGAUAUCUGAAAUGAAUGCUGUCCAGCACACUGAAACAGGAGUCAGUUUUGGGGCUGCCUGUACUCUGAGCUCAAUAGAGGAGGUGCUGAGAAAAAUGGUGGCAGAGCUUCCUCCCUACAAAACAGAAGUGUUUCAGGCUGUCCUUGAGCAGCUGCGGUGGUUUGCAGGGCCACAGAUCAGAAACGUUGCAGCUCUUGGAGGAAACAUAAUGACAGCAAGCCCCAUUUCUGACUUAAAUCCUGUGUUAAUGGCAAGUGGAAGCAAGCUGACUCUGAUAUCAAAUGAGGGCAAAAGGACUAUCACAAUGGAUGAAAAGUUCUUCACUGGAUACAGAAAAACAAUAUUGAAACCUGAAGAAAUACUUCUCUCUGUUGAGAUACCCUACAGCAGGAAGGGUGAGUACUUCUCGGCUUUCAAGCAGGCUUCACGUCGGGAGGAUGACAUUGCUAUUGUGACCUGUGGGAUGAGAGUCCGGUUCCAAGAAGGCACUAGCCGAGUGGAAGAGAUUAAACUGAGCUAUGGAGGAAUGGCUCCUACAACUGUCCUAGCAAUAAAAACUUGCCAAGAGCUCACUGGGAGAGACUGGAAUGAGAAGCUGCUGCAGGAUGCCUGCCGCUUGCUGGCAGGUGAGAUGGACCUGUCUCCUUCUGCACCUGGUGGCAUGGUGGAUUUCCGACGCACACUCACGCUCAGCUUCUUCUUCAAGUUCUACCUGACGGUGCUUCAGAAGCUGAGCAAGCAGCCCAAUGGCCCUAACAAGCUGUGUGAGCCCAUCCCUUCAAACUACAUCAGUGCCACUGAGCUGUUUCACAAAGAUCCCGUUGCAAAUGUUCAGCUCUUUCAAGAAGUGCCCCCAGGGCAGGCAGCUGAAGAUAUGGUGGGCCGGCCUUUGAUGCACCUUUCAGCAGCCAAACAAGCAUGUGGGGAGGCUGUCUACUGCGAUGAUAUCCCUCACUAUGAGAAUGAACUGUAUCUAACACUGGUGACCAGCACCAAAGCCCACGCUAAGAUMCUUUCUGUAGAUACAUCUGAAGCCCAGACUGUCCCRGGGUUUGUUUCUUUUGUUUCCAUGAAAGAUGUUCCUGGGAGUAACAUCACUGGCAUUGCUAAUGAUGAAACUGUUUUUGCUGAUGGCAUGGUCACUUGUGUCGGUCAUAUCAUUGGUGCAGUUGUUGCAGACACACAAGAACAUUCCAGAAGAGCAGCUAAAGCUGUAAAGAUUAAGUAUGAGGAGCUGAAACCUAUUGUCACAAUUCAGGAAGCUAUUGAAAAACAAUCCUUUUUUAAGCCUAUACGAAAUCUUAAUAAGGGAGAUGUAAAGAAAGGAUUUGAAGAAUCGGAUCAUAUUUUGGAAGGAGAGAUGUACCUUGGUGGACAAGAGCAUUUUUAUCUGGAAACUCACUGCACUGUGGCUGUGCCAAAGGGGGAAGAUGGUGAGAUGGAGCUCUUUGUGUCAACCCAAAACCUAAUGAAGACUCAGGAGUUUGUUGCUAAUGCUUUAGGAGUGCCUUCAAAUCGAAUUGUGGUUCGGGUGAAAAGAAUGGGAGGAGGAUUUGGAGGAAAAGAGACUAGAAAUACUAUUUUUUCAACUGUGGUGGCUGUGGCUGCCUUCAAAACUGGCCGCACAGUGCGGUGUAUGUUGGAUAGAGAUGAGGACAUGCUGAUAAGCGGUGGAAGGCAUCCUUUCCUGGGGAGGUACAAGGUUGGCUUCAUGAAGAAUGGGAAGGUCAAGAGCUUGGAGGUGUCAUACUACAGCAAUGGUGGCAACUCUGUAGACCUCUCUUAUGGUGUUAUGGACAGAGCCCUGUUACACUUGGAUAACUCCUACAACAUCCCCAAUGUCAGAGGUGUGGGCAUCAUUUGCAAGACCAACCUGUCCUCCAACACAGCCUUCCGUGGCUUUGGAGGGCCUCAAGGAAUGAUGAUUGCUGAAAGCUGGAUGAGUGACCUUGCUCGGAAGUGUGACCUUCCACCUGAGGAGGUACGGAAGCUCAAUCUUUACAAUGAAGGGGAUCUAACCCAUUUUAACCAAAAGCUGGAGGGAUUCACUCUGCGAAGAUGCUGGGAUGAAUGUUUGUCAAGCUCUCACUAUCAUGCCAGGAAGAAGAAAAUUGAAGAAUUCAACAGGCAGAAUCGCUGGAAGAAAAGAGGGAUGUGCAUUAUUCCUACCAAAUUUGGCAUCAGCUUCACUAUUCCGUUUCUGAAUCAGGCAGGGGCUCUGAUCCAUGUGUAUACAGAUGGCUCUGUGUUACUUACACAUGGUGGGACUGAGAUGGGUCAAGGACUUCACACUAAAAUGAUCCAGGUUGCUAGCAGGACCCUGGGAAUCCCCACCUCCAAGAUUUACAUCAGCGAGACGAGCACAAACACGGUCCCAAACACCUCCCCGACAGCUGCCUCCGUCAGUGCAGACAUCAAUGGAAUGGCUGUCCAUAAUGCCUGUCUGACUAUCCUAAAGAGGCUUGAGCCAAUCAAACAGUCUAAUCCCAAGGGGUCCUGGGAAGACUGGAUUAAAGCAGCCUACAUGGACUGUGUGAGCCUGUCAGCCACGGGAUUUUAUAGAAUUCCAGAUCUUGGCUACAGCUUUGAGACCAACGAAGGGAGACCAUUCCACUACUUCAGUUAUGGUGUUGCUUGUUCCGAGGUUGAGAUAGAUUGUCUGACCGGCGACCACAAGAACAUUCGCACAGACAUUGUUAUGGAUGUCGGUACCAGUUUGAACCCAGCCAUAGAUAUAGGACAGGUAGAAGGAGCGUUUGUCCAAGGCCUCGGGCUCUUCACCAUAGAGGAGUUGCGCUAUUCUCCAGAAGGGAACUUGUAUACUCGUGGGCCUGGGAUGUACAAAAUCCCAGCGUUUGGAGACAUUCCAACGGAGUUCUAUGUGUCUCUUCUCCGUGACUGUCCRAAUAGCAAGGCAAUUUACUCAUCCAAGGCUGUAGGAGAGCCUCCUCUGUUCCUGUCUGCCUCAGUGUUUUAUGCCAUUAAGGAUGCCAUCUACUCAGCAAGAAAGGACUCUGGCGUGACUGAACCGUUCAGGCUGGACAGCCCUGCCACCCCGGAGAGGAUCCGCAAUGCUUGUGUGGACAUGUUCACCAAAAUGUGUCCAUCUGCCGAGCCAGGAACCUUUAAGCCAUGGUCUGUGCGUGUUUAAAAGCGAAGUCUGAGAAGCAAACUUUCCUCAGGAACCUGGGCUUGCACCAGAGGGACCACAAGGCAGUAGGACUACAAUGGCAAAAAAAAAAAAAAAAAAAAAAAAAAACUGUUCAUGUGGCUCAUCCACUGAUUGAUAGAGCUUUCUCAUUUAAUUGUCCAAUCUUUGUUUCCCCUAAGAGGGGGAAUUGCUGUCUGAUCAUAGCUCUGAAGUAAAUAUAAAUGAAGAGUAAGCAAAUGAUGAUGUUAUCCAGGUUAUUUGAAAAUCUUACAUGAAAUGUAAGAUUUAAUUCUAAGAUUGUAAUUUAAAUGAAAAUCUAAGAUUUCAUUUAAAAUUGCUGCAAGGAUAAGAGGCAAGUUUAUUAUCAACCAGUCUGAAAAAAAUGUUUUGGUUUGGUUUACUAUGGGGAAAAGAAUUGUCACCUUCUGAUGUUAUGCCAAGAAGGAUUUAAAUGCAUUGAACUCAGAUAAACAGUCCUAAUACUCCUCUAGAGGAGACAGGGGAGCAUGAGACAUACUGAGGACUGGACUGUCCUUCUGUGUGUAAAGCCAGAUAAAUACUAGAUGAAGAUGAGGAGGAGUUUUGCAGUUGCUAACUAUGGGUGAAAGUCUUAUGUCUGUAAGAGCAGUUGUUGAGAUGGAAACCUUAAAAUAAGACCAAUCACUGAUUUAUUUUAAGUUAAAUGAGGAUUAUUUCAUCUAUACCAGGUCUUCAAUGAUUUUUUUUAGCUCACAUGCUACCUUGCUGUUUCCAUUAAGAAAUCCAGCUGAUUGGUUUGACACAUUCAAUUUUCCCUUUUCUCCCACCACAUCUUUUGCUUAUCUCAGGACAGGAUACCAAAAAAAGGUCUUUGGAGUAACAGAGAGAGUUACAGAUCAMUGUCCCCAAGGCAAUUUAGUCUGGCCUGGGGCAGGUGGGAAUUAGCUGGGUCCGAGUGCCCUCUAGGGUCAGUCCCUUUCCUGCUGUGAGGGCUUGGCUUUCAAGACAGCUCUUAGUUUUGCUGAAUAUAAAGAACAGAUACAUUUUGCUAAAGGGACUAGUUGUCUGAAAAAUGUGUUUAUUAUAUGAUGACCUCAUACCUUUUGGACUGAAUGCAUUUUUCAUGUUGGAUUUAAUGUUGGGUAUCCUCCUUCACAGUUCUGGUCACUGUCAGUUUUAACACUGCAGCAUCAUGUAUCUCUAGCUUUGUUGUCAGCCAUGUACUGUACCUGCUCCUCAUGUGCAAACUUUCAUCUAUUUUUCUGGCCUACAGCUAUAUCAAAAUAUCCUUUUUCUAUUUUUGCACUCCUAGGGCCGUCAACAUUAUGGUGCAAAAGGAUGCAACUCCAUUGCCUUAAAUAAAAUUUUAUUCACUUAGAUCUUGCUCAGAAUUCCUCUCCAUCUUAGGACUUGCCAAUGCAUGCACAGACUGAAACAUUUUUGAAGCACUCCAAGGCAUAAAAUUGUGAAAGUGCAGAUUUAUGUCUCAGUUUAGAAUAUUAUAGUUUUACCAUCUGGAAAAGGGCAUGUAUAUAUAUGAGUUGCAGAAGUACUUUGUGUCUGCUGUGCUUGCUAUGUAAUUGUUUUAUUAAUUGAUAKGUGAUACUGGUAUUUCUUAAACUCUGAGGCACUAGGCAAGAAAUUUUUUUUCUCCUCCUGAAAGCUGGCAAUAUAUGAAGGGCCUGUCAGAGAUGAAAAUGUAAACAUUUGUGUGCUAGCAAGCUGUCUCUGUGUAUUCAUGUUCUUUGCCCAAGAAGGAAUGAGAAAUCUGAGGCCUGUAACACAGGUGGUAACUGCAUCGUCUCUGCGGCACCACACCUCACAUGAUCUCUGGACACUCUCAUGGAGACCAGGCAGAAAGGAAAUACAAAAGAAACGUAAUUUGUGCUAAUGUGAGUGGUAUCGGUGAGGUUCCAGCAUCCUCYUAUGGAAAUGCCACCGUGGUUCUGGAAAGCACCUUCUUCUCUUGUUUCUACAUGGGUUUGGUGUCUCUCACAGCCAUGGCUACAGCCUGGCAGUUGAAUUUUUUUUGAACUAGGUUCAUGAAGGUGCUUUCUUGUUAUUCACUUUGCAGCCUAUCCUUCUAGGGGGUAUUGGAUUUGAAUCAGAUGAAAGCAAACACAUGAGGGGAGGUGCAGGAAGGUACAAAUUCAAGGUUGCAAAGUUGGAGAAACUGCUUUUUGGAGUGUAGGAAAAGGGAAAUUUGGGGACUUACAGCAGUCUAUGGAGAGAUGCAAUGUAAUGCCCAGCUACGUGUAGGUGGUACAAUGACCUAAAGAACAUGAAGUAGAGCUUUUAUUUUACCUCUCUAACACUGUCUUAACAUUUCAUACACUGCUUUCCAAUGAAAAUAAAUGCUAGRUACUCUAGAGAAGGGACCUGUUGUAAAGGA